UUUCCUCAGACACUCUCUAGUCACUGCCUGAAGCAGUAAUCGGACAACUGUCGUUCUCACUCUGACUCGGUCUCUUGAGAUCCCAGCUAUAUAGUGUGCGUAUCGGAGCUCCGUGGGGUUUCUAACACUUGAAAUGAAAAGGAAAAAGAUGUGUUGUAGCCGGUAAUUUGUUGCGUCACAGGUUCUACCAACUCUCGAAAGAACUCGUUUUUGAUGAAGUUUCUCCGUUGUCUCUGGACUGGACAGACUUGGCUGUAGAAGAUUAUAACGUACAUUUAAAGGAACGGGACACCAGCCGGAGCACAGGGAUUCCACCGUAGUUGGAGUCUAUGGACAUGCAGGAUCUAGCCAGUCCGCACAGCUGUGUAAGUGGAAGCAGUGAAUCUCCUAAUGGUCCCAGACUCGACAACUCCCAUAUCAAUACCAAUUCCAUGACCCCCAAUGGCACUGAAGGUGAUAGCAUCACAAUGCUCACCACAGCUGACUGGUUGUUAGGCUCUAGCUCACAGGCUGCAGUUAAAACAGAACCUAUGAGCAGCAGUGACAUCACCACCCCAGUAGCCGACGUCUCCCUUGACAGCUUUUCAGGAUCAGUUAUUGGAACCAGUGGCUUCAGCCCAAGACAAACACAGCAGUUCUCCUCGCAGAUUUACCCUUCCAACAGACCGUAUCCACAUAUUCUCCCUACUCCUUCAUCCCAAAAUAUGUCUGCGUACGGUCAGACACAGUACACCACAGGAAUGCAGCAGGCCGCAGCCUAUGCUAGCUACCCCCAGCCUGGACAACCCUACGGGAUCCCUGCCUAUGGCAUAAAGACAGAGGGGGGCCUGAGCCAGUCCCAAUCCCCAGGACAGACAGGCUUCCUCAGCUACAGCUCAGGAUUCACCACCCCUCAGACGGGCCAGGCUCCAUACAGCUAUCAAAUGCAAGGUGGCACGUUCACAACCACGUCAGGACUGUACGCAGGAAGCAACGCCCUCACGAACUCAACCGGCUUCAACAGUACACAGCAGGACUACCCGAGCUACCCAGCGUUCGGCCAGGGCCAGUACUCCCAGUAUUACAACAGUUCUCCCUACACCUCCCCCUAUAUGACCAGCAACAACACCAGUCCCACCACCCCCUCCACCACAGCCACCUACACCCUCCAGGAGCCCCCCAGCGCCCUGACCAGCCAUGCCCUCACGGACCCCCCAGCAGGAGAUUACAGUACCAUCCACAGUCCAUCAACGCCCAUUAAAGAUUCAGAAUCGGAUCGAUUGCGGCGUGCCUCGGAUGGAAAGUCACGUGGCCGAGGGAGAAGGAACAACAACCCUUCACCACCGCCUGAUUCUGACCUUGAGAGAGUGUUCAUCUGGGACCUGGAUGAGACCAUCAUCGUUUUCCAUUCCUUGCUCACAGGAUCUUACGCUAACAGAUACGGCCGGGGAAGGAGAGCUGUUUUGAGAGAGUCAUUCAGAGGUUCGGGAGGAAAGUUGUGUACGUCGUCGUGGGAGACGGAGUGGAAGAGGAGCAAGGCUCCAAAAAGAUUGACACACAGCUGGUGACUAUAGUGGAAGAGAAGAGGUCAUGA